AUGUCUGGCCGUGGCAAAGGCGGUAAGGGCUUAGGAAAGGGGGGUGCUAAGCGCCACCGAAUGUUGCGUGGCAACAUCCAGGGCAUCACCAAACCCGCAAUCUGGCGUCUGGCCCGGCGCGGACGUGUCAAGCGUGUUUCUGGUCUCAUCUACGGGGAGACUCAGGGCGUGCUUAAGGUUUUUCUGGAGAACGUUAUUCGAGACGCUGUCACCUACACAGAGCACGCAAAGCGCAAGACGGUUACCGCCAUGGAUGUGGUUUAUGCGCUAAAACGCCAGGCGCGCACCCUUUAUGGCUUUGGAGGCUAAACGGGGUAGGAUACAGCUACUUUAAAAUUGGAGAAAAAAAAAAAAAAGGCCCUUUUCAGGGCCGCUCACAAAGUCAGAUAAAGAGCUGAAAUUCGUUGCUGUAAUGUUUUAAGUUAGUGCCAAUCUGCAUAAGGCUGUUGACAAGUAGGCACAGUUUUGUGGGUUUUCUUGUACUGCAGCUAUGUUUAUGUGAUUUAGUGUAACAAAGAAAUUGAAGUUAUUUUUUUUCAUAGAGAAAAGGCAGAUCUCAAACUUCUGAGAGUGAGCGCGAACAAAUGAUGCCAAUAAAAUGGCUUCAUAAAGUACGCAUGCGUGUUUGAGAUCAUUCCAAGAACUGUAGUUUGGACUUAAGUUGGAUGGUUUAAGGCAUGUUGCAUAAAGGUCCUCACCGUUUGACUCACAGUAUGCCGCUGCCGGAUAUGUACAUGAAGCCUUUUUAGCGAUUAUUGGAUAGAAGUAGUUUAGCGAAGCGAAGGAAUAGAUUUUAUGACCAUUAUUUAACUAUUGGCCGAAACAAAGCGGUCUAAUAGCCACCCCACACCCCUACUGGAGGCAGAACUUUGGCUGGUUCUGUUUUUAACCCGACUCAUGCCAGGUGCCGGAAGGUGUGAGGAACAAAGGUGCACAAAGCCCUGUCUUGGUAUUUCCAUAGUGUUGGGAGACUGGCAAGCUGCUGGACGAGGCCAGUCGUUUAUCCUCCUCGUUGUGAUGAGGGUCAGGAGUCAGCCCACUGCUGGAAACUCCGGUUAGAAGGGCUCACUUCUAUGUCAGGCAAGUGAAACAUACUCUGGCACCAUCCUCACAACUCCAGUCUCAUAGAGAAACAAUGGCUGUUAUUAAUAUAUCUAAGCAAGGAACAUACUGUUUUUCUAUUUUAGGACACUAUUUUUUUUAAGAGGCCUAAUUAUACAAAUGAGUC